CCAGCAGACAACAUGUUCAUCAAAAAUGCCAACCUACAAAACCCCAGACGCCACCAUGAAUUCUUUCUGCAUAGUCGACCCUACAGGGGGGAACCACCGUCAGUGGCAGGAUUUCUCCUCUACCCGGACACUCCCGCUAAGAUGGAGACCACAACACAAGAAGCUUUCUGCUUUAGACCCGCCUCGCAUCAAGACAGAGGCAAAGGAGACCAGAAGACACAGCAGGAGUCCCACCGUUCUUCUUCCACAUCCUCGAGACAAACAGGAAAAGGAAACAGCAGCAAGGACUGGGAACCAGGGGAGGACGAGCAAGGGGGCAAAGCAGUGACAAGUAAACAAGAUAUGACAGAGAUGCAGUCUCAGUAUCAGAAGGAUUUCCCUCCUCCGACUUCCUGGCGCAGGAGGCGAACACCUGCCCUCCCACAGCCGGACAACAUCGGCAUCAACCCUGCCUUCAGGAUCGACUUCAGCACAGUGCAAAGAGAGCACUACCCUGGUUGGCCCGCCAUGAAUCCAGGGAGGCUGAGAGAGCAGCUUUGUCCAGACAACCAAACAUAA